AUGGCCAGAACUAAAUUGAAGGUGGCAUCCAAGAAACCCCACAGUAGUACAGCAACAGCAGUGGGGGGGAAACUCAUUGGGAGGGACAAACCUCGUAACAAGUUGAAACGACGUAACUUGCACAAGGCCAUCCAUGAAAUUCGAGACUACCAAAUGAGUACUGAUGAGUUGAUUCCACGGGCUCCCUUCGUUAGGGUCGUCAAAGACAUUAGUCAGGAUGUCUUGAAAGAUAAGGAUGCCUUAUUCAAGCUCAAACCUGAUCAGGUUCGAUGGUCCAAGGAAGCUAUCGAUGCUCUCAAAGCAACCAUAGAAGAUGAUUUGACUAACGUGUUUAAACAGGCUGUGAAAUGCCAACUUCACGCCAAACGAACCACACUGAUGCCAUCCGAUAUGAAACUCUACAUGAACAUUGCAGAAUCCCAGAAAAACUUUUAUGAUAAUGUGAGCCAUGACCAUGUCAAGUUGGCCAGUGCCAGAAAGGAGAUUAAGACCAAGAAGAAAGCUUCAAAGGAUGUCGACAGUGACGAAGAAACUGUAAGAACACAAGGAGGCGGUGGUGCAGCGAUCCAGCCCGACCAAGAAAAAAAUGUGAAAAACAAAGAUGCCAAUCCUGGGAACAAACAAGGUGGAUCUAUAAAAAAUCCAUACAAAGCAGACCAAUCUGGCUGGCUUCCUUGUGGCGAGUGCAACAAUUUAGCUGGUGGUGCAUUUAAAUGCAUUCGGUGCGAAAAAGAAUAUGCAUAA